AUGUCAUCAGACGCUUUCUUUGACGCGGUCAAGUCUCGCCGCACCUACUACGCUCUGUCGAGCGAGUCGCCCGUUCCCGACUCAAGGAUCCACGAACUGGUCAAUACGGCCAUCACACACGUGCCCAGCUCUUUCAACUCACAGUCCACCCGCGUGGUCGUCCUGCUGAACGAGGAGCACAAGAAAUUGUGGGGCGAUAUUGUUACCCCAGCCGUCAAGGCGGUCGCCCCGCCCGAGGCAUGGCCUACUUCAGAGAAGAAGCUCGAGGGCUUCAAGGCCGCCUACGGCACGAUCUUAUUCUACGAGGAGCCCAAGGAUGUCGCAAAACUGCAGGAAGCCUACCCCCUCUAUGCGGAUAAAUUUCCCCAAUGGAGCGAGCAUACCAAUGCUAUGCAUCAAUUUGUUUUAUGGACCGCUUUGGAGAAGGAAGGCUUUGGCGCAAAUCUGCAGCACUAUAACCCCCUGAUUGACGAAAAGAUUGCGGCAACCUGGAAGGUCCCCGCCAACUGGAGCUUGAAAGCACAGCUGGUCUUUGGCAAACCUGCCGGCGACACGUACCCGAAGACAUUCAAGCCGCUCGAGGAACGGGUGUUUGUCCACGGCGCCAAGUAG